AUGUUAAUUCAACAAAUUUCUUCCAAUAAAAAAAUUAAGACAAUUAAUAAAGUUAUCAAAAAUUUUGAUAAAAAUUUAUCUUUAAUUGGAGAAAUGAUUGUUGGAAAUUAUUUUAUUUUUGAAGAAGAACCUACAAAUGCAGAUAUUUGUUUAUUUGCCGUAUUAAUUCAAUUCUUUGAAGAUACUAGUAUUUUGAAUAUUCCACAACUCGCUUACUUUUUCCGAUUAAAAGGAUCUUCAAAUAAUGUUGGAAGUACUAGUCAAGUUUAUAACCAAAAAGGAAAAGGUAAAGAAAUUAUUCCGAAUGAAGAGGAUGACAUUAUUGAAGAGGUAAAAGAAGAAAAAGAAAUUGUUGAGAAUAAAGGACUUAUAAUUGAAUUUGAAGAUGAUAGAAUUAAUAUUUUAUUUAAUUUUGUACAAAAUAUGAAAAGAAAAUUAGGUUUUAAUAAAGAAAGUGAUUGGCAGAAUUCGAGAGAAUCUCCGUGGGAAUUGAAUUACGAACCUGAGGAUUUUUCACAGAAAAGAUAUAUUGGUUUGAUUUUAAAAAUUGGGACGAUUAUUUUGUAUCAUUCGAAAACAUCAAUUCCAAGAUUAAAAUUAGUUUAUUCAAUUUUCGAUUAUGAUUCUUUUAAUUUCCUUAGAUUUUUUUAA